AUGUGGGAAUUUCGGUCCUUCUCCUUUUGGAGAGCGGUUUUUGCAGAAUUCUUUGCUACCAUGUUCUAUGUUUUCUUUGGCUUGGGUGCAUCUCUAAAGUGGGCCUCUGGGCCAGCUAAUGUUUUGCUUAUAGCAUUAGCAUUUGGUCUCAUUCUGGCCACUAUGGUCCAAUCUGUUGGCCAUGUCAGCGGUGCUCAUAUUAACCCAGCUGUCACAUUUGCCUUCCUCCUCGGCUCACAGAUGUCCCUCUUCCGUGCCAUUUUUUACAUUGCAGCACAACUUCUUGGAGCGGUGGCUGGAGCUGCCGUUCUGUAUGGUGUCACUCCUGCAGCAAUUCGUGGCAACUUGGCUCUUAACACGCUACAUCCUGGUGUGAGCCUUGGUCAGGCAACAACAGUGGAGAUUUUCCUCACCUUGCAGUUUGUGCUUUGUAUUUUUGCCACCUAUGAUGAGAGGAGGAAUGGACGCCUGGGCUCUGUAUCUUUGGCCAUUGGAUUCUCCCUCACUUUGGGACAUCUUUUUGGGUUGUACUAUACUGGAGCCGGCAUGAAUCCUGCUAGAUCAUUUGCCCCAGCUGUACUCACUAGAAACUUCACUAACCACUGGGUCUAUUGGGUUGGUCCUAUCAUCGGUGGAGCACUUGGAGGUCUAAUAUAUGACUUCAUUCUCUUUCCAAGAAUGAGGGGGCUUUCUGAGAGACUUUCAAUCCUAAAAGGAGCAAGGCCUGCAGAACCCGAAGGCCAGCAAGAAGCAACGGGAGAGCCUAUAGAGUUAAAAACACAAUCCCUAUAAAUAAAGAAUGCACAGUUUCAUAGCAGCACAAAAGCAUCACACAUGCACACAAUUUGGGCAUAGUUAGCGUAAUAUCCGUCAUGGGAAGUGUGUUGGGGCUAGGGUUAAACUUUGAAAGAUGUUUCUUUUCUUACUGGGCUGUGGGUAUUGUGUUGAAGUAGAAACAGGAAGGAACAGUUAAUGUGCUUGACUUUCUCAUCGAAGUGGAGAUGGAGGUAAAGAAAGUUGGGUUGUUUGAGGGGGGCAUACAACUCAGGGGCAAUUCAUAUAGCAUUUAUAUCCCACUGAAGGA